UUAUUUCCGCCCCCCGACAUUGCCCUCACUCAAGAUGGCGGCGCCCUUUGCCUCUUCAUUACGUCACUUCCGCCCUUCGCUUCCUAUCGCUGUUACCUCGUCUUCCUCUCCACCCUCCUCUUUCGGCUGUUCCCUCUCACUUUCUUCCCCCCGCCGCCGCCGCGCACGCGCCGCUGUUCCCUGCUCCGUGCCCCCUCCCUUCGCGGCUGUUCCGCGGCGCGCCGCUCCCCCCCCCGCCGCGCUGCGUCUCCGGACCCGCAGGAUGGAGGUGCUCAACCAGUUGGUGGCCGGGGGGCAGUUCCGGGUGGUCAAGGAGCCCCUGGGCUUCCUCAAGCUGCUGGAGUGGCUCUUCUCCAUCUUCGCCUUUGCCACCUGCGGGGGGUUCAGCGGCUCUCUGCGCCUCAGCAUCGAGUGCGCCCCCCCAAACCGCUCCGCCCCCAUCACCGUGGCCUUCGGGUACCCCUUCAGGCUGCACCAGGUGUACUUCGAGGCCCCCUCGUGCGGGGGGGGUCCCCCCGAGCGGGUGUUCCUGGUGGGUGACCACUCCUCGGCCGCGCAGUUCUUCGUCACCGUCGGGGUCGGUUCGUUCCUCUACGCCCCCGCCGCCCUCGGGGGGUACCUGUUCGCCCCCCAGGCCUACCGGGCGGGGGGGCGCGGGCCCCGCAUCGACCUGGGGGUGACGGCAGCGCUGGCGUUCCUGUGGCUGGUCAGCUCCUGCGCCUGGGCGGCCGCGCUGGCCGAGGUGAAGGCGGCCACGGCGCCCUCGGGGGUGCUGGCCCAGGUCGGGGGGUGCCAACGCCCGGGGGCGCGGUGCCAGGCGCUGGGGGCACCCCGAACCUCGGGGCUCAACACCUCCGUGGUGUUCGGCUUCCUGAACCUGGUGCUGUGGACGGGGAACCUCUGGUUCGUCUUCAAGGAGACCGGCUGGGGGGGCCUGGGGGCCCGCGCCCCCCCCCCCCGGGGGGGGUCCCCGAAAAGGCCCCGGCCCCAGAAGGGGGGUACGGCCCCCCCGAGGGGGGGUACGGGCAGCCCGGGGGGGGGUACCAGCCCGACUACGGCCAGGGGGGCUACGGGGGACCCCCCUCGGACGGGGGGUACGGCCAGGGAGCCCCCACCUCCUUCGCCAACCAGAUGUAGGGUCCUCCCGUCCGGCAGAGGGCGCUGUGCCGAAGAGCCGCCCCUCACGGCGGCCAUUGGGGGCGGGGCCUGGGGCUAAGCCACGCCCCCAAGGGGGAGGGGGCGGCGGAGUGGGCGGGGCUUGACUCCCCCCCAUAGAACCCCAACCCCAAUGAAACCCCUAAAACCCCCCAAAAACACCAAAAUCCCCCCAAAAUCCCCCCACAGCCCCUCCCCCACCCCACGGCCGUGCCAAAGCCCCCCCCCCGGCCGUGCCCCUCCCCCCACCCCGUGUCUUUGUGCCGUGAUUGUGACGUUUUGGGGGCCCCCCCCCCACCGCUGCCCCCCCAUCCCCCCCCCAAAAAAAGAUGUGGGGCAGGGCCGGGGGUGGGGGGCGGGGGCUGAGCCCCCCCUGGGACCCCCCCGGAGGGAAUAAAAGAUGACGGUGACACCGCCA